AUGCUCUAUUUACUCUACUUUAGAAAAUCAUAAAAUGAGAUAAUUGGCUAGAAAUAAAAUAAAGUGGUUCCUGCUGCUGAAUAAUCUCAUAUAUAAUUACAAAAUUCUUAAUCUAUUGAACAAGGACUAAAAAAAAAUUUUAGGGAUCAAAUUAAUCUUCAUGGAAUUCAAUCAGUUUAAACUUUUAAUUAAUCUGAUCUAAAGAGUUAAUUGUAAUCUGGUAAAACUUCAUCAAAUGUUUUUUCAUCUAAAUAUUAGAUUCUCAAAGUCAAUCCUAAUAUUUAAAAAAUAGAUAUUUCUUAAAGAAAAAAAAAAUUAUAAUCAACACCUACAAUGCAAGAAGUGCCAGAUACAGUAAGAGUUUAAGAUGCCAAUUUAUUAACAAUAGCAGAAACAGAUGAAAAGAGAACAGAAUUCUUACAUUCAAGAACAAUUUUUAAAUUAAUUAAUAGAUUACUAGUAUUGCAAGGAUUUUAAGGAUGCAUGUUAUUUAGUAAUUUCCAUUUUGCAUUAGCAAGUUUGUUUUCAUUAAUUGCAAUUUGGAUUAUUAGGUUUAUCUAAACAACUAAUUUUUAUUUUGAUAUACUCUAAUUAAUACUAUUUAUUUCCUUUGAUAUUACAUCUCUAUUUUUUUUUAAUCCAAAUGAAAUAUGGACAUAUACAUAUUUGUUCUUGCUAGGAAUCGAAAUUAUUUUGGAAUUAAUUAUAUUGAAUACUUAAAAGAAAAAAAACUUUGAAAACUUACAAAUUAUUGCUUAAGAUCAUGCUUGA